AUGCAACCGACAUCAAUAGUUGCAUCGUUUACCUUUAUUGUCACCCUCGCUUGCGGGUUCUUGUUCCCGGGUUAUGGCGCUGUCUUGGAAACUAUGAACAAGCUUUUGCCAGGCAAGUACCACCAGCAAAUUGCGCCAGCAGAUCCCACAUUUGAGGAAUAUAAAGCAAACUUGAUCAACCUCAACAAGGUAGUUCCCCACCAUUAUAUAGUUAUCUUCAAUGAAGACUUGUCCCAAAGCCAAGUAGAACAGUACACACAGUGGUUGCAGGUGGAGUACAACAAUAUGUUGACCAUUGUUGACGCGGCGCCAAAAGAGGUUCAAGUGUUGAAAAAGCUAGAAUUCUUUAAUGUUGAGGGAUUCUUUAGGGGUUUCACCGGGUUCUUUACCGCUGAUGUUAUUUCAAAAAUCAAAAACGACCCUCAUGUCAAGUUGGUUGAGCAGGAUGCUAUUUUCAAAACUAAUGAAUUCGACAUCCAAAAAGAUGCUCCAUGGGGUAUUUCACGAGUUAGUCAUCGCGAGAAUGAAGAAGAGAGAAAGUAUUUCUAUGACAACGACGGUGGCAAGGGCGUGACUGCCUACGUUAUUGAUACAGGUAUCAAAGUGGAACAUGAAGAAUUUGAAGGUCGCGCUCAAUGGGGUGAUGCUAUUGCGUUCCCAAAGAUCAAGAUUGACGGUCACGGGCAUGGAACACACUGUGCGGGAAUAAUUGGAGCAAAGACAUACGGAAUUGCUAAACAGGUUGACUUGGUUGCAGUUGGCGUUAUGAAUUUAUUAGGUUCAGGUACAACAUCAGAUAUCAUCAAAGGAGUUGAGUAUGUCGUCAACAGACAUCAAGAGGAUGUCAAGAGUAGAAAAGCUGGUUUCAAAGGUUCAGUAGUAAACAUGUCUAUUGGAGGAGGAGUUUCAGAAGCUUUGGAUUUGGCAGUGAACGCUGCUGUUAAGGCGGGAUUGCAUGUUGCUGUAGCUGCUGGUAAUGACGAUGCUGAUGCUUGUCAAUACUCACCUGCCAGAGCGGUUGGUCCUAUCACCGUUGGUGCAUCUAAUAUCGGAGACGCAAAAGCCUCGUUUUCAAACUGGGGACAAUGUGUUGAUGUGUUUGCACCAGGAGAGGCUAUCGAAAGUACUUUCAUCUACUCCGAUUCGGCCGAGAUGUCAGGCACUUCCAUGGCUAGUCCUCAUAUUGCUGGAUUGUUGAGUUACUUUUUAUCAUUGCAACCGGAACAAAGCUCGGAAUACUUUACUGGAUUGAUCGAGCCUGCCGCAUUGAAGACGAAGUUGAUCAAGUAUGGUAUUAAAGGUGUUUUGACAGGGUUGGACGCCACAACUCCGAAUAUUUUGGCUUACAACGGAGCUGGCGGCAACUUGACCGACUUUUGGAAUAUUUAG